AUGGGAGUGAAGGUUAAUGGUCGGCAGCUACACCAUUUGCGCUUUGCUGAUGACAUCGUACUGAUAACACCUAGCAUCAGCCAAGCGGAACGAAUGCUGACCGAAUUCGACGAAACAUGUGGAUGCAUCGGUCUUCAGUUGAAUCCACAAAAGACGAUGUUCAUGCGGAACGCAUGGGUCUCGGAUGCCCCAUUCACGCUCAACGGAACGAACAUAUCCGAAUGCACCAGCUACGUUUAUCUGGGUCGGGAACUGAACAUGAUGAACGACCUGACCCCCGAGCUGGGAGGAAGAGACGAGCGGCUUGUGGAGCGUACAAGAGCAUCGAGGAUGUAG